AUGGCGCCGACUGUGCAGAAGCAAGGGGUUUCACGGGCAGACCAUAGCAGGGUCAUCUUACAUUUUGACUACGAUUGUUUCUAUGCCUCUGUCUUUGAGGCCGAGAAUCCUGCUCUCAAGACUCUGCCGCUUGCUGUGCAGCAGAAGCAGAUCGUAGUGACCUGCAACUAUGAAGCACGGCGGAGAGGGCUGCGAAAACUACAGCUCAUCAAAGACGCCAAAAGGAUCUGCCCCGACGUCGUCAUUGUGCUUGGGGAGGAUUUGACCAAGUUCCGUGAUGUGUCCAAGGGUCUGUACUCCUUUUUGAAAUCGCUCACAUGGAGUGACCAAGCUGAAAGGCUGGGAUUCGACGAGGUGUUUCUGGACGUUACCUCAAUGAUAGAUUACAACCUCCAGUGGCUAGCGCCUAAUGUUAGGAACUCUUUCUUCUUGCUGGAUAGGGAUGACUUUACUGUUGGUUUCGAGUAUGAUCCAACGGUAUAUUGUGGCCCGACAUCUCCUUCGUUGGAUGACAACUUCCAGCCGUGGCGUGGAUCACCACCUUCAGAACUUGGACAGAGGUUAAUUCUCGCCUCACACUUGGCCAACUAUAUCCGGAAGCAACUAGAGGAGAAGCAUGGCUAUACCAGCACAGUCGGGAUAUCUACUUCCAAGCUUCUCUCGAAGCUAGCUGGCAACGUACACAAACCAAGGAACCAGACGACGCUUAUACCGCCUUCCUUAGGAGAUGUAGAUCAGAGUGAUAGUUAUAUCACUCGAUUUAUGGAUGACCAUGAAAUAGGCAAAAUCCCGGGGAUUGGAUUCAAGAUCGCUAGUUGCAUAAGAGCAGCGGUACUAGGCCGUGAAAAUGAUUUAGAGCUGUACAGAGAGCUUAGGGAUGAGGAUAAAGUGACUGUUGCUGCUGUGCGGACAUUUCCUGGAAUGGGCCCUCUGAUGAUAGAUAAGAUACUAUCCGGCGGAGGAUGGCCAAGGGAUAUUGGGAGUAAGAUAUGGGAACUAAUUAAUGGUGUUGACCAUAGCGAGGUUGCCACAGCCCGCAUGAUCCCUGUACAAAUUAGCAUUGAAGACUCGUUCCGCCAACUGGACAUCCUGGAUGCCGUGAGGAGAGAACUGCUUCCACUAGCAGGUAGCUUAAUCAGACGGAUGCACACUGACCUGACAGGCGAUGAAGAUGACGAUACAGCAAAGGACGACUCAACCAACCAGACUCCUGAACUAUCGGGGAGGAAAAGGCGAUGGCUGGCACACCCGCGAACAUUACGACUAUCGACACGCUCCAGGGUCCCUCCUAACAGCACCGGCCAAAACCAGUCUUUGUAUAACAACCGCAUCUCAAGAUCAUGUCCAGUACCACAGUUCAUAUUCUCCUUUAGUGAGAGCGUGGAUGCCAUAGCUCAACGCCUGGUCCAUGAAUGUCUGGUACCGACCUUCAAAAAGCUUCAUCCUGAAAAGUCUGGCUGGCGGAUCAGUUUGAUCAACGUUGCCGUGACGAAUAUGGUGGAGAGUGCAGGGUCAAUGAAGAGCAGCGCUGGUCGAGAUAUAGGAAAGAUGUUUAAAUCGCAGAACCAAGUGCAUCGAGAAUGGACGGUAUAUGAUACGGAUGUUGAUACCGGUGGCCAUCUUGAGGGAAAUGACAUACCGGGCGGGAAUGAAUUGAAAGAGCCAGCUGGUGAUGUGACAUGGGAAGAGGAAGGCGACUCAGACUCUGUGAAUGAUACGGGCACACAUUGCAGCGAAUGCCAGAUAUGCGGUGCCUCUAUACCCAACUUUGCACUGCGGGCUCACGAAACUUAUCAUUCAAUCACUGAUUGA